AUGGCCCAGUUUGAUAGAAUGUCCGUUGACCUGGGCGGGAACUAUGCCUUCGCGAACCCAACAUAUGUCGGCGGCCUGGCACGACGGCACCCGAGCCGCAUCACCAAGCUUGCGAGCACGGGAAAUAGCCCGCGGAACAAUGGCAGAGGCGAUAUCAGAUCCCGAAGCGGCUCUUGCCGCCGGUUUUCAGCGCAGGGCGAUCAGCUCGCCGCGAGCUUCUACGCCGCUCUCCAGAAAGCAACGGCCUCGCACCAUCUUCCAGUGGCCGACUGCCAGCCCCGUCCCUGCUACGCAGAACCCCAGAUGCCUGGGACAUGCAACAGUUUUGCAAAGUGGCCGCCUGCUGAGAUGUCGAGUCUUGCUGGCCGGCAACCGUACGAACGCAACUCAUUUCAUCUGUCAUUCCAUGGCGAUUUCCAGCAGCCGUGGGAGGAGGACCGGGAAUCCGAACCGGAGUCGGACUGGCCAACAUACAUACCCAUGGUCUCUUCGACUACGACACCCAACCUUCGACAUUAUGAACGUCCCACUCCGCAAAACACCACUGCAACCUCGUCGCCAGAACUCUUUUCAUAUCACCACGUUCCAGAACCAAAGACACCGCCAUUCCUGGCGGCGGAUGAUGGCGCCAAAUCGGAUGAAGUCCUCGUCGGAGUGGGGCUGUAUGAUGAGCCUGUUGAAGCGAUAUCGUGGGAGGAAUCGUCGUCGAUGGAGAGUCACUUUGGGAUCAGAACGAAUCUCGAUGGCCCGUUUCUUAAGCCUGCGCAGAUUAUCGGGAAGGGGCUGAAGCUGGAGGAAACUUUCAAUCCGCCGCCUGUUGAAAGCGAUGCGGAAGAUGAUUCGGAAGAUGAGGCUUGUGGGGAGUGA